AUGAAAAUGCUCGAGCUUCAACAGCUUAAAGAAGAACAAGAUUUGCUAGAAAGUCAAUCGCAGAGUGUUACAUUAAUUUAUCUUAUUCCCGAUCCCCAGUUUCCACUCCAUAAUAAUAUACAUUCUUUAAUUCGGCAACAAAUUCAACAACUGAUCCAACUACCUGUUUAUCAACAAAAUACCGCAAAUAACAUUCAACAACAAUUAAACGAAACUAUUCAACCUACUACUCAAGUAUAUUCAAACAAUAAUACUUAUGAUACAACUUCAAUCUCAGUAAACGGAACUAUUUCCUAUAACAUUCAAGAUGAGGAAUUUCAGAAUUCUCCUUAA